AUGGCUCUAACCGUUUUGUUGAAGAAGGCCGGCGAACGAGCGAACAACGUAUUAGCCAACUUAGGCAUCGUCGAGUCGAAGUUUCCCGGAAAAGACGGUGACAUGAUCUACUCAAAGAACAACAUCUGUGUACAUCCGCCUUCGUCCGGCGGUGAUAUGAUUCAACAUGUCCCCGGCUACUUGACCAUUCACUGUCAACAAGUGCAGAACGCGGGCAUCACGCUCACACUCCAGUGGCUUCCGAACGAGUCGCUCGAGAAGAAUCCCGCAAGAAUCAACACCAUGUCGCCUCGGUCGUCACCGAACAUUCAGUACGUCGCGUUGCAGAGUCACGCCAAGCUUCGCAACGUUUCCUCUAAUAAAACGGUACUUAAUUUGGUACUUAACAUACUACCAAUUAGUGUUGUUUGUACUGACUAUAGUAAUACGAACAGUAGGGCGUCAGAAUCCUCUAUGCAACUUAAGUUUCCGCUUAUGAUUGUUCAGUGCUUUGAUACGCCGCCGUAACA